AUGCGCGAGAUUCGCGAGAGCGAGCAGGUCGCGCGUCUGAACGAGCGAAACCAAGCGGCGCAGGAGCACGCCGCCGCGGUCGCGGACGUCGAGGAGAAGAUCGAAGCGCUCAAGACGAUGUCGCGCGGGUACGAGGACCAGGCCGCGGCGAUGGAGGCGAAGAUGGAAGCGCACCGCGAGGAGGUUGAAGCCGCGCGAGAGAGAGUCGCGGCGGCGAACAAUAAGGCUGCGUUCGCGGAGCAAGAGGCGCUCAACGCGAAGAGAGCGGCCGCGGAGCAGAACGAGAUCGCGCGCGCGGCGUUGGAGGAGACGACGAGGGAGCGCGACGCGCUCGUCGCGCGCGCGCAAGCGCUGGACGCGCGCAGGAAGGACGUCGAGAAGCAAGAGAAGCACGUCUCGGAGCUCGAGCUCGCGGCGACGCGGCUCCGGAAAGAUCUCCAGAACGAAUACGAAUCCAAGGUCAAAGAAGCGGACGCGGAAGCUCGCAAGCGCGCGCACGACACCGAGGAGUCUCUGCGAAAGUGGGCGAUCGAGGUGAAGCGACGCGAGACUGCGCUCGAGGAGGAGGUGAAGAAGAGCGCGAAGACGGCGGAGGAGGCGGCGGCGAUUUUGAAAAGAGAACGCGCGGAGGUGGAGCGGCUCCGAAACGACGCGAACGCGGAGAGCGAAAAGAUCCGAAGAGACGCGCUCGCGGAAGUCGAAGCGGCGCGCCGAGAGUCGACCGCGCUGAAGCAGAGAGACCUCCUCGAGGUGAAGGAGACGAAGCGAAAGUCGCUGGACGAAGUCGCGAACGCGCGCAGGGCGGCGCUGAAGGAGACGCACGACGAACGCGACAAGGCGGAUCAAAUCCGACGCGAGGCGAUGGCGGAGGUGAGCGAGGAGAAGAACCGCUGCGAGGCUGCGCGCAGAGAGAACGCCGCGGAUAUCGCCGCGGAGCGCCUCAAGGUGGAGUCCCUCCGCAGGGAGACGAUGACGGAGAUCACGACGGAGCAAGAGCUCUUACGGAAAGAACGCCAUCACGUCGACGAAGCGCGCGCGGAGGCGGAGAGGCUGAAGCACGUCGCGGACGAGGACGCGAAGGCCGCGGCGAAGCUCCGCGGCGAGGCCGAGGGGAUCAACCGAGCCGCGGCGGCGACGAGGGACGAGACGCGCGAGCGGAUCAAGCACCUCGACCGCCGGGAGCUCGAGCUGAGAGAGGCGCUCGUCGACUUGAGAGACCGCGAGGACAAGGCGUCCGCGGCGACGGCCAAGGCGGAGACGACGCGCGCCGAGCUCGAGCGUCGCAUCGCCGAGCUGACGGUCCGAGAGCGCGCCGCGGAGGAGCGCGAGGCGGCGGCGAACAGGAAAGCCGCCGCCGCGGAGGGGACGCUGCUCGCCGCGGGGCAGUGGGAGAGAACCGCGGGGGAGCGCGAAGCCGCCAUCGCGGAGCGCGCGCUCGCGUUGGACGACGCGCAAAAGACGCUCGAUCGCGCGCGGCGCGCGGUCGUCAGCCUCGCGGAAGCGGACGACGCGCUGAGCGAGCGCGAAAAGAAGCUGAACGAAUCGUGGCGGCUGUUGCAGAACGAAGUCGCGGAGCUCCUGAGCGGGUCGAUCCCGCAGAGCGCGCACCCCCUGUCGCAAGAGGCCGAGGACGCGGCGGCGGCGGCGGCGGCGUUUACCAACGUCGUCCCUCAAAACGUCUCCGACUCGGACGACGCGGGGCAGGACUUCUUCGCGAACACGAUCGGGAAGAUGCGCGCGGGGUUGAUUCAGCGCGAGACCGCGCUGCAGAAGUGGGCGCUGUGCCUCUCCAAAGCCGCGGCGGCGCUCGCGAGCGAACGCGCGGCGGCGGCGGAGGAGCGCCGCGCCGCGAGGGAAAUUCGCGACGCCGCGGAGUACGCCUCCGAGGAAACCUCCGCGCGGCUCCUCGAGCUCGAGACCAAGUCCGAGCAGCUCGCGAUGGAUCGUAAACAACUCGGGGACGACAUGGACGACUUCGAGCACG